CUCCAUAAAUACUCUCAUCCUCCGAUCUCUCACGCCCUCCCUCCUGUUGCACCCUGCUCAAUUACACCAAGAAAAUUUAUGUGAUCAUGGGAAUUCGAAAGCCAGCUUGGUUAGAAGCUCUCUAUGCACAGAAAUUCUUCACAGCGUGCCCGAUUCAUGUGAACUCGAAGAAGAACGAGAAGAAUAUAUGUUGUUUAGAUUGUUGCACUAGCAUAUGUCCACACUGUGUGCACAUUCAUCGGUUCCAUAGACUCCUUCAAGUUCGACGCUAUGUAUACCAUGAUGUUGUUCGGAUGGAAGAUCUAGAGAGGCUUAUCGAUUGCUCGAAUGUUCAAGCUUAUACCAUUAAUAGUGCAAAAGUUGUGUUCAUCAAGAAGAGACCUCAGAACAGGCAAUUUAAGGGGUCAGGGAAUUAUUGCACUUCUUGUGAUAGAAGCCUUCAAGAACCCUUUAUCCAUUGCUCUUUAGGGUGUAAGGUGGAUUUUGUGCUCAAACAUUACAGAGACCUCACACCCUUCCUAAGGGUAUGCAAUUCAUUACAGCUUGGUCCCGAUUUCUUCAUUCCUAACGACACUGGGGAUGAUGAAAUGACUAACGAGACACCUCACUCGACCGUUGUUGACUCAGAUGACCCGAUGAGCUCAGGGUCGGGCUCAUCUGGGUCUGAAAACAUGAGCAUGAUGUGCACCGGGUUCGUAAGGAAGAAAAGGAGUGGACUUUAUUCUUGUGAAAGGUUUUCGAGUAAGGUUCAUUCUGAAGAGGACAUGGCGACAAGCAUGAGUAGAAGAAAGGGAAUUCCUCAAAGGUCACCAAUGUGUUGAGAAAUGAGA